GGGGUUUUAUUUUUAGGGUUGGGGUUUUGGUUUUAUUGAUUGAUGAUUGUUGGUGAAUUUGGAGUUUUUUCUUGUUCAUUUGCUGUUGGCUUCCCAGUUUGGGGUCUUCUCGGAGGGGAAGAAGGAUCUCCUGGUAUCUCCUCUGCCUUAGGCUGCCACGUAACACGUGAUUUUUUUUCUCAACGUUUUAUGUCUCGGAAAGCUCAGAUGGCAGUGGCAGUGUUCAAAAGUCCUCUUAGAGGGGAAUAUCUACAGAAGAAUGGUAUGGAAGGGAAACAACCUGUCGGGAGGAGACGGGUUUUUGUGCAAACAGAGAAUGGUUGUGUGUUGGGUAUGGAGUUGGAUCGCAGUGACAGUGCUCAUACAGUUAAAAGAAGGUUGCAAGUUGCCCUUAAUUUCCCUAUUGGGGAAAGCUCACUGACGUUCGGAGAUAUGGUGUUAAAGAAUGAUCUUGAUGUCGUUCGGAAUGAUACUCCGCUUCUCCUAACAAGGAACUGUGUGCACAGAAGCUCCUCUACUCCCUGUCUUUCGCCUAAUGGAAAGGAUCUCCAGCAGAGAGAUAGAAGUGGUCCUAUCGAGAUACUGGGACAUUCCGAUAGCUUUAAUGUAUUAAAGGUGGUGGUGAAGGACAUUGUUAAGGCAAUUAAGAUGGGUAUUGAUCCACUUCCUGUUCGUAGUGGUCUUGGGGGUGCUUACUAUUUUAGGAACCCUAGAGGUGAGAGUGUCGCGAUUGUGAAGCCAACAGAUGAAGAACCUUUUGCACCAAACAAUCCAAAAGGUUUUGUUGGGAAAGACCUUGGUCAACCAGGUUUGAAACGCUCUGUUCGUGUAGGGGAGACAGGCUUCAGAGAAGUUGUGGCUUACCUUCUUGACUAUGGUCAUUUUACCAAUGUGCCACCAACAGCGCUGGUGAAGGUUACGCACUCAGUCUUCAAUGUCAAUGAUGGCAUGAAUGGGAAUAGGCCUAACAAGAAGAGUCUGGUUAGCAAGAUUGCGUCAUUCCAACAGUUUGUACAGCAUGAUUUUGAUGCUAGUGAUCAUGGAACCUCAAGCUUCCCCGUUUCUUCUGUGCACCGCAUUGGAAUACUCGAUAUAAGGAUAUUUAACACCGACAGGCAUGCAGGAAACCUUUUAGUGCGGAAGCUUGAUGGCAUUGGAAGGUUUGGUCAAAUGGAACUCAUUCCUAUUGAUCACGGCCUUUGCUUGCCUGAAACUUUGGAGGAUCCGUACUUUGAGUGGAUUCAUUGGCCUCAAGCUUCGAUUCCUUUCUCUGAGGAUGAGCUUGAGUAUAUACAAAAUCUUGAUCCUAUUAAGGAUUGUGAAAUGCUGCGAAGGGAACUCCCCAUGAUACGGGAGGCUUGCCUACGAGUUCUGGUACUUUGCACAAUUUUCCUCAAGGAAGCUGCAGCUUUUGGUCUCUGUCUUGCCGAAAUUGGUGAAAUGAUGAGUCGAGAAUUACAGGCUGGAGAGGAGGAACCUAGUGAGCUAGAAGUGGUUUGUCUUGAGGCGAGGAAGUUGAUAGCAGAGAGAAAGUUGUCAUCUCCCAAGUCUGAUGUCCGAGAUGCCGAAUUCCAAUUCGAUAUCGACUUACCGGAGUUGGACUUAAACCCGAAAAUGGCUACAGAUGAUUUUAUGACUAGAACACCAUUCCAUUUGGGAAAUGGAUUUGUGAGUAACCAUUUCCCACUUUCAAGGCUGGAUGAAUGCUUUGAGGAAGAUGAGGAGGAAAUUGAAGAGGAAGCCGAGCAGCAGUGUUUCUCUGCUUUCAAAUCCAUCAGAACGAUCCCAUCCAUUUCAAAGCUUUCAAUGUCACUCAAAAAUACCAGCUUAGGUGACAAAAGCCAGAAGUACUCAAAAUUUUCUGGAACAAAACAAGAAAAUGGUUAUCUCAAUAGCUCGUCCGGCCAUAGGAGUGCAAAUGAGCAGCUUCCAGGAAGUGUGAGCUUUGUGAUUCUAGCUGAUAUGAACGAGGAGGAAUGGACCUUCUUCUUGGAGAAGUUCCAAGAGUUGCUCUACCCAGCAUUCGAAAAUCGAAAAUCAGUUACUUUAGGUCAGAAGCAGAUACAGAGGCUCGGUACUUCAUGCCAGUUUUGAUAUAUCGAGAUAUCCGAAAAUCGAUACCAGGUAGUCGAGUUUACUGAGAGAUGAAAUAAAGAGUUUUAGGAUUUGUUUGCAGUUUGGGAUGAAAGGAUUUGUUUGCAGUU